CGGCCAGGAAGUGGAGGACAGAGAGGGGGGGGCAUGGCGGCUCAGACCUUUGAAAUACUUUCAAAGCGGCAGGAGGGCUGCGGACACUCUUGUUCCCUGCAGUCGGACGCGACAGGGACAGAACUCGGUCACUGCGGAACCUUCUAGAAGACUUGGUCUCAGUCCACCCACACAAAGUUGGCCGCCAGGAGCUGGGAAAGUAACAUGACGGACGUGGCCGCGGAGGAGCUGCACGAGCGCUGCUUCCUGUCAGCGCAGGCCUUGUCCAGCCUUAAAGUGACGGAGCACUUCCAGGUGGUGAAGCUGCUGGGAGAAGGCUCAUACGGGAAGGUGAUGCUGGCCGUGCACAGGAAGAAAGGGACGCCCAUGGCCCUCAAGUUCUUCCCGCGCCGCUCCACCUCGCUCACCUCCUUCCUGCGGGAGUACAACCUCUCGCUGUCCUACUGCACGCAUCCGUCCCUGACGCGGGCGCUGGGCAUCUUCUUCUCCACGCCGUCGCACUACGUCUUCGCCCAGCAGGCCGGUCUCCAUGGCGACCUGUACAGCGUCAUCGUGUCGGAGGUGGGUCUGGAGGAGGAGCGCGUCCAGAGGGUGAUGGCUCAGCUGAGCGGCGCCGUGACUCACCUCCACUCCCUGGGCUUCGUGCACCGGGACAUCAAACCCGAGAACAUCUUCCUGUGCGACGGCUCGUGCCGCUGGGUCAAACUGGGCGACUUCGGCCUGACCCGGGCCGUCGGCUCCCGCGUCUACGCCGUCUGGUACGAGUCGCCCUUCUGCACCCCCGAGGUGGCGCACGCCAAGGCGCGGGAGGAGGCCAAGGCGGCGGGGGAGGAGGACCGGGAGCUCAUUUGGAUAACGGUGGAGACCUGCAUCGACAGCUGGGCUCUGGGGGUCCUCACCUACUGCCUGCUGACCGGCUGCUUCCCCUGGGAGGAAAGCACCGCCCACGACCCCAACUACAGACGCUACAAGACCUGGUUCCAGCGCCAGGGCGACCAGGGCGACCAGGGCGACCAGGGCGACCAGGGCGACCAGGGCGACCAGGGCGGCGGAGAGCAGGAGGCCGACUGCUACAGCAUCAUGAAGGAGAACCACAGGAACAACCCUCCUCCGUCGCAGUUCCACGGCCUCAGCCCGCUGGCCAUGGCGCUGCUCCGCCAGCUGCUCCACCCAGAGCCCCGGCGGCGAGGGAGCCCCGAGGAGGUCCUCAGCUACCUGGGCGGACCCUGGCUGAUGGAGACGCAGCGGCAAGAGAGCAGGAGGGCGGAGGAGGCCGACAGGGAGGCCAGGAAAGUACGGGAGGCCGGCGCCGGAGUGCGGGAGGAGCUGGUGAGGGAGGGAAGAGGGGAGAGAUAAUAAUGCAUCAAAAUAUACUUAUUAAGCAAUAAUAAAACACUAAGAUAAUAAUGCAUCAAAAUAUUCUAAUUAAGCAAUAAUAAAACACUAAGAUAAUAAUGCAUCAAAAUAUACUUGUUAAGCAUUAAUAAAACACUUACAUAAUAAUGCAUCAACAUAUACUUAUUAAGCAUUAAUGAAACACUAAGAUAAUAAUGCAUCAAAACAUACUUAUUGAGCAUUAAUAUUUAUUUAUUAAUGCUUUAU